CGGCGGCGGCGGCGGCGGCGGCGGCCGCAGUUCUCUGCUGGCGUGGGGCGCGCGGCCGCGAUGACCUGGGACCUGCUCUUCACGCUGCUGGGGCUGGGCGCGCUGCUUGCGCUCGCGGUGCUGCUGCUGCGCUUCGUGCGUGCCGACGGCGACUUGACCCUGUUGUGGGCUGAGUGGCAGGGGCGACGCCCAGAAUGGGAGCUGACCGAUAUGGUGGUGUGGGUGACUGGAGCGUCGAGUGGGAUUGGUGAGGAGCUGGCUUAUCAGCUGUCUAAGCUAAGUGUUUCCCUUGUGCUGUCAGCCAGAAGAGCUGAUGAGCUAGAAAGGGUGAAAAGUAAAUGCCUUGAAAAUGGCAAUUUAAAAGCAAAAGAUAUACUUGUUCUGCCUCUUGACCUGACUGAUAGAAGUUCUCAUGCAGCGGCUACUAAAGCAGUUCUUCAGGAGUUUGGUAAAAUUGACAUUCUGGUCAACAAUGGUGGAAGAUCUCAGCGUUCUUUGGUUAUAGAAACCAGCCUGGAUUUGUACAAGGAGCUCAUAGAGAUUAACUACUUGGGGACAGUGUCCUUGACAAAGUGUGUUCUGCCUCACAUGAUUGAGAGGAAACAAGGCAAGAUUGUUACUGUGAACAGCCUCCUGGGGUUCAUAGCUGCACCCCUCUCCAGUGGAUACUGUGGUAGCAAACAUGCACUUCAGGGAUUUUGUAAUGGCCUCCGAACUGAACUUGCUACAUACCCAGGCAUAAUAGUUUCAAACAUUUGCCCUGGACCUGUACAAUCAAAUAUUGUGAAGUAUUCAUUAGCUGGGGAAGUCACAAAGAUUGUAGGCAAUCCUGGAGAUCAGUCCUUCAAGAUGGCAACCAGUCGUUGUGUGAGGUUGAUGUUAGUCAGCAUGGCUAAUGAUUUGCAAGAAGCGUGGAUCUCGGAUCAUCCUUAUUUGUUGUUAGCAUAUUUGUGGCAAUAUAUGCCAAUGUGGGCCAGGUGGAUCUCUGGGAAACUCGGGAAUAAAAGGAUUCAGAACUUUAAAAGUGGUGUGGAUGCUGAUUCCUCUUUCUUAAAAAUCUGGAAGACAAAACGUGAGUGAAGGAGUACUUGAAUUUUUGAAGUGCCUGAAGACAAAAAUGGAAACCAUGAAAACAGCAAUUCUCUUUUCUUAUAUACUGUAGAUUAAUUUGUGAUUUAACUUUUUAAGGAACUGUUGUCAACAUAAUAAUAAAUGAUUGUUGGGCAUCUGCCA